AUGAGCAAUCCAAACCACAUGAGCGGCUUCGAACCUAAAAAUCAGGGAUAUCAUAGGGGUCGUGGAGGAUCUAAUUAUAACAGUUUUGAUAACCAUAGAGGAGGUGGUCGAGGAGGCGGACGAGGAGGAGGGUAUCAUAGAGGAGAUGGUUUUCAACGGGGACGUGGUGGGCAAGGUUUUCAUAGAGGCCGAGGUGGUCAAAGAGGAUUUCACAGAGGCGGCGGCGGCGGAGGCCGCGGAGGAGGUGGACACCGACAAGAUCAAGGCCCAUUUGAUCCCAAACAAUACGUGAUACCACAGAUGAUCACUAAUCCAUGGUACUCAUUAGAAAAGCAAUACGCAGAGCAGUUACAAUCAGAAAAUGAUCAGCAAACUUCGUCAAUGUGA